AGGUGUCCGUUUUUUACCUGUUCUAUCUUGUAGUUUUUACAGAUAAAUAAUAAAUUAAACAACAAACAGAUAAAUAUUUUUGUUAAUUACAUACACGUGUUUGAAUCCCCGAUUUGCAUUAAAUGACAUCGCUCGUAGGUGCAACACCGCUCCUAGCAACCGUUGGCAAGGAUGUACUAAAUAACCUAAACAAACAAAUGUUUGAUACGAGAAAGUCGGAAACCCCCAUUCGUACUAUAGUAGCGCGAUAAUCCAUCCAAAUCAUGUAACUUUUGGCCGUAUAAUGGGAACAGUUUUUGCAAAAUGCUGUAGAAAAGAGCAUGAAAAUAAUGAUGACGCACUUAACAUCCUUGUGUUGGGAAUAGAGAACUCUGGCAAGACUGAAAUAGCGUUUAAAAUUUGUCAUCAAAAGCGGAGUGAUUAUGCUGCAACGAAAGGAUGCCGUUUGUUUGAAACUGUGAUCGCGGAUACGGAUAUAAAACUUAUUGAAAUUGGAGGAGGAUCAGAUCUUCGAGACAUCUGGAAGUACUAUUUUUUAGACGCCCUAGCAGUAAUUUUCGUAAUCGAUGCUUCCAACAUACACAACAUCUGUGAAUCUUACAACAUAUUCCAAAACCUAAUGGCACACGAGUUUCUGGCGGGCAAACCGUUUCUUAUACUUGCCAACAAACAGGACCUUCCCGAAUCGGUUGAUUGUAUCGAAAUCUGCGAGUAUCUGGAUGUCGAGUAUCUGGCCAACCGAUACCGCUGUCCAUGUCUGGUAGAGGCAUGUGGCAACUGGGGCAGUACAUCAUACGAAUUGAACGAAUACGAUGGGCUAACGUACGGCAUCCAGUGGCUUGUUGGUACGGUGAUGGCCCAUCGACAGUUCAUUAUGAAUCGUAUCAACUUCCACAAGGCAAUGCUCGGACGCGAGGGUGCGGAUGCAUCACGUACCAUUAAAAGGCCACGUACGGGUAUAAAGUCUGGUGGUGGCAGCCGUAAGCGUAGGGAUAGUCGUCCUAAAACGGCUCCCUCCAGUCAGCUGGCCUGGUUGAAGGAAAACGAUAACAAUUAUCUGAUUAAACGAAACAGCAUCAUUUCCGUCAAAAGUAUACCCACCAGCACAACCACGGAACGCACCAACAAUUCAUCAACCAAGGCAACUACUACCUCCGACAGUGGACUUUCGGUCGUUGAUGAGGGAGUUGAAGUUAGCCAGACUAGUAGCAGCACCGAAACAGUUUUACACGUACGUAAAGAUGAGAUGACUUUAGAAGAUUUGUCCCUUUCCUUCUCCGUCAAUGAGGUCAAUGGAAAAGCUGUGGAAAUGAUCGAGAAUUAGCCUAAUGUGCCAAAAACGGC